CGCUGGUCACUUGUGAUGAAGCCUACACAGACUUGACAGCAGUGCAGGUAGCAUUAGGUUAUAGGAGUUGAGUAAAAUGUGGUAGCAUUCAAGUUUAAAAUGUUGACCGGAGCAUUAAAAUGCGUUGUUAGUCAAAAUCUGGCUAAUGCGAGUGUUUUAAAGGGAGCAUAGCUCACUGUUGCAAGGGAAUACAACCUGCCAAAUGACCGCGAAGUGAAAGUUUCCUAGUAGUUUGUGCUCUCCCACUGAUGAAAAUCUCUCCCAGCCGGCACAAUGACAGCUCCAGCUCAGAAUGUGACGAACUCCUGGCAUAUCGCGGGGUCUUCGGCUCCUGAACGUCGGGAUAAAACGCAGCCAGAACUGGAGAUGUCAGAGACCAAUGUCCCUCCGGCAAAGACCAGCAGUAAGAAGAACUUGUCUUUGCCUCGCAACGCAGCACCCGUGGACAGUAACAAGCGCAAUGACGAAUUUACCGUGCCGACAAUUAUUACUCAGCGCCGAACAUCUCACAUGUACGGUGUUGGUUACAAUCACAGAAUGUCCAUUUACAGUAACACCCGUCCCGUCCUGACUCGAGCAUAUCUUCAAGGACGUGUGUAUAACUUUUUGGAAAGACCAUCGGGUUGGAAAUGCUUUGUGUAUCACUUUACAGUGUUUCUGAUUGUACUAUCUUGCCUGAUCCUCAGUGUGCUGUCUACUAUUGAUCAGUAUCAGGCUCUGGCCCAAGAAACACUUUUCUGGGUGGAAAUAGUGCUGGUGGUGUUCUUUGGGGUGGAGUACGUGGUGCGGCUCUGGUCAGCUGGAUGCCGCAGUAAAUACGUGGGCUGGCUGGGGAGGCUUCGCUUUGCUAGGAAGCCCAUCUCAAUUAUUGACCUAAUCGUGGUGGUGGCCUCUGUCAUUGUCCUGUCGGUGGGCUCGAACGGCCAGGUCUUCGCCACCUCCGCUGUCAGAGGAAUCCGCUUCCUGCAGAUCCUCAGGAUGCUGCACGUGGACCGGCAGGGAGGCACCUGGCGGCUGCUGGGCUCCGUGGUCUUCAUCCACCGGCAGGAGCUGAUCACCACACUCUAUAUCGGAUUCUUGGGCCUCAUCUUCUGCUCCUACUUUGUGUACCUGGCAGAAAAGGACGCGGUGGACAGUAGUGGGGUCACAGAGUUCGCCAGCUAUGCUGAUGCUCUCUGGUGGGGGGUGGUGACAGUGACCACCAUUGGUUAUGGGGAUAAGGUCCCUCAGACCUGGAUAGGGAAGACCAUCGGCUCCUGCUUCUCCGUCUUUGCCAUGUCCUUCUUUGCCCUGCCCGCUGGCAUCCUGGGAUCAGGCUUUGCCCUCAAAGUCCAGCAGAAACAGAGGCAGAAACAUUUCAACAGGCAAAUCCCUGCUGCUGCCUGCCUCAUUCAGACCUCCUGGAGGUGUUUUGCCAUAGACAACCCGGACUCUGUCACCUAUAAGAUGUUUGUGCGAAAGAGACCUGCAGUCCAGUCCAUGCUACCCAGUCCAAAAUCCAAGAAAACCGUGAAGAUGAGGAGAAAAAUGAAGACCAGUGAGAGGGACAGCGAUGCGACCUCCCCAACCAUCCCCGCCAUCACCUAUGAUUCGGUGCUGGACGAAAGUGGAGAGCCCACCCAGGACACAGUGUUUGGUAUUGAACACUCAGAACGGCAGCGGUCCUGGACCUCUAUAUCUUCUCUCCACUUCUCCCCUCCUCCAGUGAAAAGGGGCAUGGGUGUUUUAGAGGUGCAGACCCCUCAGCCACUGCAGAGGAACAGCAGCUUUGCAGAAGACCUAGAAAUUGAGGCAGAGAGGGAUAGCCUUCUCCUACCGGUCACUCACGUGUCUCAGCUGCGCGAGUCCCACCGAGCAGCCAUCCGGGUGAUCCAGAGAAUGCGGUACUUUGUGGCCAAAAAAAGGUUCCAGCAAGCCCGCAAGCCAUACGACGUGAGGGACGUGAUUGAGCAGUACUCCCAAGGCCAUCUCAACCUCAUGGUGCGCAUCAAGGAACUGCAGAGGAGACUGGAUCAGUCCUUGGGAAAAAUUUCCUUGUUCCAGACAAGUUCAGAAAGAGCUAAAGACAAAGGAAUGAAUACAAUUGGCUCCAGACUCAACAGAAUGGAGGAGAAGAUCACGCACAUGGACAGGAGUCUCACUCACAUCGCAGAAUCCCUGAACCACCUACUGCUGCGGGAGAGUGAGGGGGGCGAGGCAGGGGCAGGCCGGAGAGGCAGCGGCCACACACUCGUCCGCGACCUCAGCCUCCCCACCUACGAGCAGCUGUCGACCCCGACCUGUGCGUCUGCGCUUGAGGAGAGCUCAUGAACUCGUGCUACCUCUAAAAACAUAUUUUACAGAGCAUUCAGAGUAGCUUUAAAUUUUAGGAUGUUUUUGUAAAAUACUUGGUUUUAGAAAUUAGCUCCCAUUGACUUCAACAGGGCACAAUUCCAAUGCAUAAUUUUACAUCAUCUGUAACUCUACCCUGAAUGCUUCAUGAAACAUAUUUUUUGAGGUAUUCCUCAAAAAUUCCUAUUACAUGUAAUGCUUAGUGAGUUGGACCAAUCACAAUGCUUUGGAAAGUGAGUUUGUUGGAGAAUUAUUUAUGAGUAAAUUUUCUGUAAGCACAAAGUAUGACAUAUUGAAUUAUAGAUUAUGGGUAAUAUAUUUGCUGCUUGGUGGGGGAGGGGGGAUAUGUGGAGAUUAAUUUUUAAUGCUUUCCUUUCAU